AUGCCAAUUCCAAGUUCAGUGACAUCGUCGUUGAGUGCACGUCAACCGAAUUCGUCCACGACGCCUCCAACCGCAGGCGUACAUCCGUUUGCGCCUUCUCCAAUUCGACCAACUCCGACUCAUCAGAACGCGGCCACUCGAGACGAUAUCCCUCUGUGUCAUUCGUUGUUAGCCGCCACCGAGAUGCACUACAAUGAAACAUUCAAGAAGACACAGGGACUCUUGCACGAUAGGUAA